UAGCUUUACAAAACCCGGCCCGGGACAAUCCAAAACCCUAGACAGAGACCCCCACGCCCUCCUCCAAUCGGAAGAAGAUGGCUGAUCAGUCGGUGGAGGAAGAUGAUCAAGGCGAGGUUUUUCUUGAUGAGUCCGACAUCAUCCACGAAGUCGAUGUCGACGACGAAGAUCUCCCAGACGCCGAUUAUGAUGACGAAGAAUUUGAUGAAAACGAUGAUUCUAUACACACAUUCACCGGUCACACCGGUGAGCUUUAUACGGUGGCAUGUAGCCCGACAGACCCAAGACUGGUCGCAACUGGAGGUGGUGACGACAAAGGCUUUCUAUGGAGGAUUGGCCAUGGAGAUUGGGCUGCUGAGCUUCCAGGCCAUAAGGACUCUGUGUCUUGUUUAGCUUUUAGCUACGAUGGGCAGCUACUUGCUUGUGGAGGACUUGAUGGUGUCGUUCACAUAUGCGAUGCAUCGUCGGGGAAUUUGAAAUGCGUUCUUGAUGGUCCCGGCAGUGGAAUCGAAUGGGUCAGGUGGCAUCCGAGAGGACACGUCAUCUUGGCUGGGUCGGAAGAUUGUUCAACGUGGAUGUGGAAUGCUGAUAGAGGUGCCUAUCUUAACAUGUUUUCCGGUCACAAUCAAAGUGUCACUUGCGGUGACUUCACUCCUGACGGUAAACUAGUGUGUACUGGUUCCGAUGAUGCAAGUUUGAUAAUAUGGAACCCUAAGACUUGUGAAAGUAUACACGUGGUGAAAGGUCAUCCGUAUCAUACGGAAGGGAUAACGUGCUUGGAUAUAAACUCGAACUCAACGCUUGUUCUCAGUGGCUCGAAAGACGGUUCUGUUCACAUUGUAAACGUGGUUACUGGGAAGGUGGUGAGCUCCCUGUCUUCUCAUACGGAUUCGGUUGAAUGUGUGAAGUUUUCACCAGGGUCGGCCACUGUCCCUAUGGCUGCGACCGGGGGAAUGGACAAGAAACUCGUAAUAUGGGAUCUCCAGCACUCCACUCCCAGAUUCAUCUGCGAGCAUGAGGAAGGGGUGGCAUGUCUGGCAUGGAUCGGAACAUCAAAGUACAUAGCCACGGGCUGCACGGACGGGACAGUACGCGUGUGGGACAGCCUUGCAGGAAACUGCGUCAAAACCUUCCAUGGCCACCACGAGGCCGUCCAGUCCAUCUCCACCACCUCUGGUGCGGAUUUCCUCGUUUCGGCUGCCCUCGACUGCACUGCUCGCGUCUACGAGAUUUCCGAGUUUCGGUGAACUUAGGAGAUGGAACGAUCUUCUCUGCUGUAGGGGGCAUAGUUAAAGACAACGUACACACAAACAGACAUGGACGUCCCUGUUUGGUUGGGCGAGAAAUUUUGGAGAGAAAUGGUCUUUUGCUCUAUGCAUAGUUUUUCACUCUUUUGAUCUGUUUCGUGAUUUGGAACAUGCAAUCCUCCCGAAUAAUCCUUUGUUUCUUGGGUGUGUAUAUAUAUAUACACCCAAAAAGUUGUAUUGUGACAGUAUAUAAACAAUCUUAUAUGUAUUGCAUUACUGUUCUUUAUACU